AUGUCCACGCGCGCGAUUGUCAAGUCCGUGCUGUCUGGCGACACGCUGAUCGUGCGACCCAAGGAGGCGCCCGCCAAGGGCCAGCCUGCCAAGGAGCGCGUUCUGCACCUUGCCGGACUCACUUCGCCGCGUGUUGGUACGGCUACCCGCGAUGACGAGGCCUUCGCCUUCCCUGCCCGCGAGUACCUCCGCACCCUCCUCGUGGGCAAGGAGGUUGCCUUUACGAUCACGCACUCUCUUCCCUCGGGUGGCGAGUUCGCGACGGUGCUCUCGGCGCCCGCUGGCCCCGGCCAGCCGCCGCAGGACGUCGCCAAGCUCGUCGUGUCGGCCGGCUGGGCCAAGCUCCGCGACGCCGACAAGGCCUCCGAGGACCUGCGUAACGCCCAGGCUGAGGCCGAGGCUGCCGGUCGCGGUGUCUGGUCUGCUGAGCCCGAGACUCAGCGCACCGUCGCCUUCCAGAUGCCCGCGGACCCCCUCGCCUUCAUCGCCGAGCACAAGGACAAGGAGCUUGACGCUAUUGUUGAGCAGGUCCGUAACGGUACCGAGCUGCGCGUGCGCCUGCUCCUCGACGACGCGAACCACCAGUUCGUCAACCUUGUCGUUGCCGGCGCCAAGAGCCCCCGUGCCGGUGCCCAGCGUGACGGCGAGGUCAGCGGUGCCGAGCCGUGGGGAGAAGAGGCCAAGUUCUUCACCGAGGUCCGUCUCCUCCAGCGCCUGAUCAAGGUCCGCCUUCUCUCCGCGCCCGUGUCCCUUGGUGCUUCUCCUCUUGCCGGCCCCACGCCUGGCGGCCAGCUCCCUGCUCCCACAGCCGGUGCCAGCUUUAUUAUCGGCCAGGCUAUCCACCCCAACGGUCACAUUGCCGACUUCCUCGCGGCCGCUGGUCUUGCCAAGGUCAUCGACUGGCACGCCGGUAUCCUGGCCCCUUACGGCGGCCUCGACAAGCUUCGCGCGGCCGAGCGCUCUGCCAAGGCCAAGCACAUCGGCCUGUGGACCGGCGUUGCUACCGCGGCUACUGGAAACGGUGCUGCUGCUGCCUCGGGCGGCGCCGCUCACACGACCAAGGGCCAGGCCUUUGACGCGACGGUCGUCCGUGUCUGGGGCUCUGACCAGCUCAGCAUUGUUGCCAAGGACGACAAGAGCGAGAAGGAGCGCCGCGUGCAGCUCGCCUCUGUUCGCGGCCCCCGCGGCUCUGACGCCAAGAACACGUACUACGCCGCUGAGGCCAAGGAGUUCCUUCGCAAGCGCCUCGUCGGCAAGGUCGUGCACGUCCUCGUCGACUACGUUAAGCCCAAGGACGGCGAGUACGAGGAGCGCGAGUGCGUCACCAUCACCUACGGCGGCCAGAAGAGCAACAUCGCGGAGCAACUCAUCGAAAAGGGCCUGGCUACCGUUCUCCGCCACCGCCGUGACGACGAGGACCGCUCGGCCGAGCUCGACAAGCUCAUCAUUGCUGAGCAGACCGCGACGACCGAGACCCGCGGUAUCCACUCCACCAAGGAGGUGACCCUUCCUCGCAUUGUCGACGCGUCGGAGAGCGGCAGCCGCGCUGCUCAGUACCUCCCCUCGUGGAAGCGCGCUGGCAAGCACGCUGCUGUUGUCGACUUUGUCGCGUCGGGCUCGCGCUUCAAGCUUCUCCUGCCCAAGGAGAACGCCAAGAUCACUUUCGUGCUCGCUGGCAUCCGCGCGCCUCGUACUGCCCGUGCCGGCACCAACGAGAAGUCGGAGCCGUACGGUCCCGAGUCGUACAAGUUUGCUUCGCGCUACCUCCAGCGUGAUGUCGAGAUUGCCUUUGACAGCACCGACAAGCAGGGUGGUUUCGUUGGUGCUCUGUACGCUGGCGGUGCCAACGUUGCCGUCGAGCUCGUUCGCGCCGGUCUCGCCAACGUCCACGAGUUCUCCGCCAAGCAGCUCCCCUUUGGCGCUGAGCUCCAGGCUGCGGAGGAGGAGGCCAAGGCGGCCAACCGUGGUAUCUGGUCGAACUACUCUGGCGAGGAAGCAGCAGCCGCUGCUGCCGCUGCCGAUGACAAGGCUGCUGUGGCCCUGCCCCCCCAAUACCUUGACGUGGUCGUCUCGGCCGUCCGCGAGACCGACCCCUUCUCGUUCUCGGUUCAAAUCCUCGACGACAAGAGCGCCGCGUCGCUCGAGAAGCUCAUGUCCGACUUCUCGUUGCAUCACCGCAGUCCCGCCAACGCGGCCCCUGCUGGUUUCAGCCCCAAGACUGGCGACAUUGUGUCUGCCAAGUUCACCGAGGACGACCGGUGGUACCGUGCUCGUGUCAAGCGCUCGAGCGCGCUGAAGAAGGAGGCGCAGGUCUACUUCAUCGACUACGGCAACGAGGAGACUGUGCCCUUCUCGCGCCUGCGUCCCCUUGACGCCAAGUUCAAGGCUCUGCCUGGCCAGGCCCAGGAGGCGCGCCUGUCGUUUGUCAAGAUUCUCCCCCGCAGCAGCGAGUACGGUGGCGAGGCGUGGCGCUUCUUCAGCGAGAUUGCCGUUGGCCGCAAGCUCGUUGCCAACAUUGACCAGCGCGAGGGCAACCUGCUCCACCUGCGUCUUAUUGACCCGUCCGACCCCAACGCGGCGUCGGAUCCGCUUGCUUGCAUCAAUGCGGACCUUGUUCGCGAGGGUCUCGGUACUCUUGACAAGUCGCUCCGCUACCUCGGCGCGUACCCGCAGAUUGUGGCCAAGAUCAACCAGGCCACCGAGGGAGCCAAGGCGGACCGCCUCGGCAUCUUUGAGUUUGGAGACGUGAGCGAGGACUGAGUGGGGACUGGGUGAAAAACGGAAAGCAGCACAGCUAGCACGGCAUAGUAGUCAAUCAUAAGCGUAGCGUAGCAUGAAG